AGAAACAAAAGUAGUAAAUAUGUUGGUUAUUGGAAAUGUCUCAAUUCUAAGAGCAAAUGCAAAGCCCACUGCAAGAUCCACAAAGGGGAAAAACCAUAUGAAUGUGUGGAAUGUAGAAAGAGCUCUAGCAAAAAAUCCUCUCUUACUUUGCAUCAGCGAAUUUACACUGAGGACAAAGCAUAUAAAUGCUUAGAAUGUGAAAAGAGCUUCUACUAUAAGAAAAAUUUCAAUGCCCAUAAAAGUAUUCACACUGGAGAGAAACCACAUAAAUGCUUGGAAUGUGGAAAGACCUUUAAAUACAAGUGUAAACUCACUGCCCAUCAAAGAAUUCACACUGGGGAGAAACCAUAUAAAUGCUUGGAAUGUGGAAAGGGCUUCUGCUAUAAGAAAAUUCUCACUGCCCAUCAAAGAAUUCACACUGGUGAGAAAACAUAUAAGUGCUUGCAAUGUGGAAAGGGCUUUAACCAAAAGUGUCAGCUCACUGCCCAUCAAAGAAUUCAUACUGGAGAGAAACCAUAUAAAUGCUUGGAAUGCGGAAAGAGCUUUAGCCACAAGCAUAGUCUCACUGCCCAUCAAAGAAUUCAUACUGGGGAGAAACCACAUAAAUGCUUGGAAUGUGGAAAGGGCUUUACACAAAAAUGUCAGCUGACUACCCAUCAAAGAAUUCACACCGGAGAGAAAACAUAUAAAUGCUUGGAAUGUGGAAAAGGCUUUAACCAAAAGUGUCAACUAACGGCCCAUCAAAGAAUUCACACUGGAGAGAAACCAUAUAAAUGCUUGGAAUGUGGAAAGGGCUUUAGACAAAAGUAUAGUCUCACUGUUCAUCAAAGAAUUCACACUGGGGAGAAACCAUAUAAAUGCUUGGAAUGUGGAAACGGCUUUAAUCAAAAGUGUCAACUAACGGCCCAUCAAAGAAUUCACACCAGAGAGAAACCAUAUGAAUGCUUCGAAUGUGGAAAGAAUUUUCCUUCCAGUUAUAAACUUACUAUACAUCAAAGAAUUCACACCGACGAAAACCAUAUAACUGCUUGAAAUGUGAGAAGAGAUUUAGCUGCAAGAGAAUUCUCACUGCCCAUCAAAGAAUUCACACCAGAGAGAAAAUAUAUAAAUGCUUGGAAUGUGGAAAGGGCUUUAAACAAAAGUGUCAGCUCACUGCCCAUCAAAGAAUUCACACUGGGGAGGAACCAUAUACAUGCUGGGAACGUUGAAAGAGCUUUCCUUCCAGUUCUAAUCUUAUUAUUCAUCAAAGAAUUCACACUGGGGAGAAACCCUAUAAAUGCUUGGAAUAUGGAAUGAGCUUCAGAAGUAGGACAACCCUCUGCUGUUGUGAAAAAAAUCACAAAUGGAGAAACCAUAUUAAUAUUUCAGUGUAUAACAGGUAGGGUUGCCAGGUUAGAAGCAUCCCAAACCCUGAGAUUUCAGGAGCGGGCCCUAGUAAUGUCACGGGGUAGGGCCCUAAUGAUGUCAUUCAGCAUGAUCUGUUAAGCCUCAACCACAGUUGUUUGGAGCAUACCACUCAAACAAAAAAAUCUCCAAUUGGAAAUUAAGAUAGAAAUCUUGGCUAAAUGUGGGUGUUCCCAGGUCCAGCUGAAGUGACGGGAUCAUUCCCAUAUGUUUAGAGAACCUGGGUAGGGAACAUCUAAUCUAGCCUACUUGCUUCUGGCAAGAAGGGUUUAAGUAUACCAGCCAGCCCAGUCACCAGAAGGCCAUUGUAGGAAGAAAGGAGCCUAGUGUUGUGUAGAUGUUAGAUGGGAGCACUCAGGAGUAAAGCUGGAUGCCUUUGAAUGCUUCAAUUAUAAGCACAUUUCCUAAGGAAAGCCCCAUAGAACUCAACAGGUCUUACUUCUGAGUAGAUAUGGAGAAAUUAAGAUGAGAUGGGGGUGCUUUAAUAGUGAGAAAUGAUGUAACAAAAGCAAUUAGGAGCUACAACUCAAGGUCUGAGUGAGUGAUAUCAAUGAGAUUAAAUGGGAAACCUAUCAACAUAACCAUCACCCAAGUCUAUGCUCCAACGCCAAACACAGAAGAAGAGGAAUUAGAGAGAUUUUACACAGAAGUACAGGAAGAAAUUGAUCACGCACCAAAACAAGAUAUGAUGAUAAUCAUAGGGGAUUGGAAUGCAGAAGCAGUGAACAAAGAAGAACUAGAAAUUGUGGGGAAAUGGGGCUUAGGAGAUAGAAACGAAACAGGAGAAAGAGGUAUUGAAUUCUGUGAAGCCAAUACUUUGUUUAUUGCAAAAAAACCUAGCAGCCAGUCAGGCAAGGUCACAGAAAUCCCCAUGCAGUAACAACCUCCCCUGGUGGCUGCAGUUAGUACAGAAUGCUGCAGCACAAUUGCUGACAUGAGUGAGACCCUGUCAGCACAUAAUAUGUCUGCUCUGAAAUCUGCACUGAUUGUUGAUUUGCUCCCAGGCCAAGUUCAAGGUGUGCUUUCCAUGUUAUGGAUGCCACAUAGUACUUGUUCUGCUCUCUUAUAAGUCCAUUCUAUGCUUCGGAAGUCCCUGCUUAUUGACAUUAGGCAGGCGCCUUCAUUGUACACUUCGACACCUGCUGAAAACAUUUUUUUGUUUAGGCAAGUCUAUCCAGGCACAUAGAAGCUGUUAUGCUUUUUAUCUGUUCUUAACUCAUUGUUGGUUUUAUUAUUUUGAAUGUUUUUAAUUAUCUUUCUUUAACUCUUUUUGCAAAUAAUUUUAUUGUUUUAAUUCCGUCUUUAAACAGCUUUGAGGUUUUUUACAAUAA